CCCACGACUAUUCCUCACGACAGUGCAGGCCGCUACACAGACCUCAUAUAAUACUGCUCGCAUCUCUGUCCUCUCGAUGGUCUCCCCCGCACACACCGGCCUGCGCGCCCUACCCUUCCUCUUCGUCGCUCUGCUCGUCUGCCUCUCCCAGCCAGCGUCCGCCAUCAAGUUCAACCUUCCUGCAAGUAGAUACCCGCCGGCGAAGUGUAUCUGGAAUGCGGCGCACCCAGGUGCCCUCGUGAUCAUCACCGCGAAUGUCGGCCCCGGGGAGGGCCAGCGGCUCGAUAUCGAGGUCGUCGACUCGAGCGAGCACAAGAACGUGUAUCUGAGUAAGAAGAACAUCAGCGGGGAGAAGCGGUUUGCCAUCACUGCCCAUGCGGAAGAGGAUAUUGGGGUCUGCUUCCGGAAUUACCUCGAAGCAGGUGUCAGUGAUAGUAAGGGGCGUUCGCGAGUAGUUGACCUCGACGUCGACAUUGGUGCGGAUGCAGUUGACUACAACGCAAUCGCGAACCAGGAAUCCCUCUCCGGGCUGGAGACAGAGAUGAGAAAACUCGAGGGCGUAGUCAAGGAGAUCCUGGACGAGAUGGAGUACCUCCGGGGACGCGAAGAGCGUUUUCAGGCAACCAAUAUCUCAACAAACAAGCGCGUACAGAACUUCGCGUGGUUCAUAUUCGUGUCUCUCUUUGGCCUCGGCGUUUGGCAGAUAUUCCACCUUCGCGCUUUCUUCAAGCGCAAGUACCUUAUCGACUGAGCUACUACUAUGUAGGCUGCGAGGGUAAUACAUGCUAUUCUUAUUGCGGAAUGUCGUCACUUCUGCCUCUUGUCUGGCUGGUACGCCCAUUCUGCCGGUCGGUCAUGUGAGGUGAUUGUAAGUGAGCAUUGCCUACUAUGCGGAGUCUGGAAAUCACUCUCUAAAGAUUCACGUAUGCUUUUCAGGUCCUGAUGA